UAUCUCUCACAAUGCAAGAACACUAGGCUAAGUUUAUAUGAUUAUAUCCUCUGACAAAUAACAAAGAGCCAAACAAUCAGAUAGUUGUUAGGCUUUAAUUCUAUGAGGUCUGUCCUUGACGAUGGUGAAUCAUCUUUAUCGGAGCUCAUCAGCCCCUCAGCGAAGCCAGCAAGCUUCGGUUUCGAAACGUGAAAGCGACUAACCGACUCCACCGAACUUUCUCCUCUCUUCUUUUCUUCUUCUAAAAUAUCAAAGGCGAUCAUCGCUUUAUCAAAUGAUUCUCCACUUCCAAUGGUACUAUCAGAUUCUUCGGCAUCUCCUUUCCCUUAAAAAUCAAAUCCAACCCAAUCCAAUCACACCAACAUAUCUUCUCUUCCUGUUCUUGUACUGAUACUGAAAUUGCCGGUUGUUGCAGUGAAAUAGACGAUGGGGGCUGAUGGUCUAGGAACUGUGUUUACACCAUCAUUGGAAGGAAUGAAGCACGUCAAAUCCGAUCACGGAGAAAUGCUCACUAAACCUUUCUUGGAUGUCUGCAAAUUGAUUUUGCCUGUUAUCGAUAAGUUUGGAGCUGCCAUGACCCUUGUAAAAUCUGAUAUCGGUACGAGAUUGGAAAACAAGUAUUUGUCUGAUCCGUCUAAAUACAACCACUUAUACACUAUGAUUCAAGAGGAGGUUGAUGCUAAAACAGCCAAAGGAUCUUCCAGUUGUACCAAUUGUCUUCUUUGGCUAACCAGAGCAAUGGAUUUCCUUGUGGAACUGUUCCUGAAUUUACUUGCACACCCAGAUUGGACAAUGUCACAAGCCUGUGCAGAUUCGUAUGGCAAGACACUGAAGAAAUUUCAUGGCUGGGUUGCUAGUUCAUAUUCCACUGUUGUCAUGAAGCUUGUUCCAGACAGGAAGAAGUUCAUGGAAGUAAUUUCUGGCCCAGGCAAUGUUUCUGCUGACAUGGAGCAAUUCUGUACAACCUUUCCUCCAUUUCUUGAAGAGAAUCACAAGUUCCUGCCCAAAUCUAUGUCAGUGUCUGUUCCUUGCUUUCCUGUUCGUGCCUAAGUUGUAAGCUACGGCAUUACCAGUACAAUAAGAAAGGAUGGCAAGUGGAAUCAACUAUGCUAGAUUCCAUAUGUGGUGUGUACUCAGCAUAAAGGAACCAAAUACACUCUGAAACUUGGGAAUUUCGGAGGUUUGAAGGAAGGGCCAGAAAGUCUAGUGGGCUAGUUGGAGAUUUUUUGUUAUAGGAGCAACAUUGUUGUGUAAUGUCACUUUAUACUUGUUUUCUCACCAAUUCUAUUUUGUUGAUGCAGGCUAGUGUUGGUCUGGAUGAUAUGAAAA